GGAGGAAGACGCAGUUGCAACCGCAGCUUCAUCCACUGAAGACGGCGAAAUACGCUUGUGAACUUUGACUGUGAGAUGCUGUUAAAAGAGAUAGCUCUUGUACUGCUUGGCGUGUGGACCGCCUCGGCCGACCUAGACCUCGGCAGCUUCGUAGCUGGACGCCCCACUAACCAUGGGGUUCCGGGCGCCCAGACCUUCGGAGGUGUGCUCUCCUUUCAGCGGCCGCAAGUAGACCCACGACCCCCGAGCUUCCAGCAGCCGCAGGUGGACCCACGGCCUCCUGUCUUCAGCCGAUACGUGCGAUCCGCCAGCCAGCCACGCCCACAAAUGCAGCCAACACCACCUCCUGGAUAUCAACCGCGCCCGCCGGUGCAGCCGACCCCUCCCCCAGGCCACAUCCCCGCCCAGACGCUGCCGGAUGAGCUUUCGCAAGACAAGUCAGCGCAACUGCCGCCGAAGAGCGAGCUGCUGAAGUCUUUUCCUCGGCCGGGGAGACCGCACCCGCUCCCCGGGACUCUCCUGCAAGGCAGCGACGGAGACCAGAAGACGGCGCGGUUCAACAGACCCACUCGCCCAGGAGGCAUUCCUGGCGCAGGUGUCGGUCGCCCCGAGCCCCUGCCUGGCCCCCUGCCCCAGUGGCCCCAGACGCUCCCCGCGCCCUUGCCCGGGACGCCCGUCGUCCUCCCGGGAAUCCUACCAGUGAUCCCAGAGACCUUGCCGGCCACGCUCCCGGAGGAAAAGGCCGCAUCCCUACCGCCCAAGUCUCAGCUCACCAAGCCGGCCUCUCACCCUCAGCCCCUUCCAGCUGCCCUCCCUCAGGGCGUCCAGACCCUGCCCGCUGUGCUUCCAGGCCGCCCUCAGACGCUCCCAGCUGACCUGACGGAGGGGAAGACCUCCCCCCUGCCCCCUAAGUCAGAGCUCACCAAGCCGGCCUCUCGCCCUCACCAGACCGAAGACAACGAUGGUUUCGCCCCCCUUCCAACGGGCCCUCAGGUCCAGCCCAGACCGCCUCCCCGGGACCUUACCAAACCCGCCCCCCGACCACCUCGCCCGCAGGUGCAGCCCACGCACCCGUCAGGCUUUCAGCCCGCGCAGACCUUGCCAGUGGAGCUUCCAUCAGACAAAACAGCGCAGCUUCCUCCCAAAUCGGAGCUUCUGAAGCCCGCCUCCCGACCGCCUCGCCCUCAGGUGGACCCAAAACCCACCCCGGGACAACUCACCAAGCCAACCACUCAACCCUAGAGCUUCAAGAUGCGUCCCGUAAAGUCAGCAGCAUGCCGUUACCAAGCAACAGAUUGAUAAACGUCUUUAAAGAAAAAUAUUGUCUGCCACAGCAGAUGAAUCACAUUUUUUAUCCAGUCAUAAAUUACUUAAUUGAAUAUGAAAUGCAAAUAUUGUCACACUUUUACUGUUAUUGUGUUUAUAUAGAAUAUAAAAUUAUGAUAAACAAACGUGUUGAUAUUGA